ACCAUAGGUCCAUAACUACUCUCUCUCUCUCUCUCUCUCUCUCUCUUGUUCUGGAUCCAUGGCUUUGAUCCUACAGUGUUCACCACCUUCUCCUUCUUGCUCGUUACCUCCCUUCAAUUCCACCAUUAAUGCUUGUUCUUGCUACUCAUCUGCAAACUGGCCCCGGAGAGCGAUGGACCUGAGCUGUUUUUCAUGGCAGCAAGUAUUGCCUGCAAGCUGUUUGUAUAAUUGCCUCAGUGACAGUGCUGGGCUGCGAGUGUCUAACGUAUCAGGCAUGCGCACUGAUCACUCAAAGAACAUUCUUUGGGUGCAGCGUUGGAGAGGAAUGGGCCUAAGCUGUUUUUCUCCACGAGAGCAAGCUUUGCCUGCAAGGUGCAUGUAUAAUUGCCGCAGUGAAAGUGCUGAGACAAGAGUCUUUGUCAUGUCUGGUUUGUACACUAAUCCGUUGAAGAAAAGUAUGUUGUGGUUGCGGCGACAGAAAGGGAUGAAUGUGUGCUGGUUUUCACGGCAAACAGAAUUGCCUGCAAGGUAUUUGCAUAAUUGCCUCAGUGAUCGUGCUAGACCGAGAGUCUUUGUUGUGUCGGAUUUGCACACGGAUUACUUGGAAAACAUGUCGUGGGUGCGGCGCUUGUCAAGUGUGUUGUAUAAGAAGGAUGUUCUUAUUGUAGCUGGUGAUGUUGCGGAGACGUACAAGAACUUUGUGAAUACUAUGUCAGAGUUGAGAGAUAGGUUCCAAGUUGUUUUCUUUGUGCCUGGGAAUCAUGAUCUUUGGUGUCGAAGAGAAGGGGAGAACUAUCUUGAUUCAUUGGAAAAGCUAGAUAUGUUGCUUGAUGCAUGCAGAGAAUUGGGAGUCAGUACUAGACCGAGAACUAUCGAUGGUGUGGGGAUAAUUCCUUUGUUUUCAUGGUAUCACAAGAGUUUUGACAAAGAAAAGGAUGUGACAGGUGUUCGGAUUCCUUCACUUGAGAUGGCUUGCAAGGACUUCCAUGCGUGCAAAUGGCCGGAGGAGCUAUCAAAUAAUGAUGCUUCCCUUUCUCAAUACUUUGAUUUGUUGAAUGAGAAGAACCUCAAUGCAAUGGAACAGAUUACGAAAAAGAGUAACCAAAUAAUAACAUUCUCUCACUUCAUUCCUCGGCAAGAGUUAUGCCCAGAGAAAAGGAUGCUUUUUUACCCAAACCUUCCAAAGAUCAUAGGCUCUGAUGCUCUAGAGGUUAGAAUAAGGUCAAUUCAUGGACAAAGGGGUAGCACAUCUGCUUGUCAUGUAUUUGGACACACACACUUCUGUUGGGAUGCUGUACUUGAUGGCAUCAGGUAUGUCCAAGCUCCAUUGGCUUACCCUAGAGAAAGGAAAAGAAGAAUGAAUGGUGGUGAAGACUGGUUGCCUUUUUGUGUAUAUGAUUGUGGAUUGACUGAGCAACUAUCUCCUUCAUUCUGGUCUGAUUACUACACCAAAAACAAAAGAGAACCUGAAAAUACAGAACUUGCACCAUGGGUCGCCAGAUUUUACAAAAGGUAACCCUGGAUAACUUGUAUGUUCUAUUCAUUAUUUGGUUUGAAGCCAACUAUUUGUUCUGUAACCUAGGGCCAUUGUUUGCUUUUGUCUCUCAGCUAAAAAGAACAAAUAUUCAUUUUGGUCCCUCAA